UAUCUACAACUCAGUCCACACUGACACUUUCAACAUGGUCUCAUAAAGUGCUUAUACUAUUUAGAUCUAUUUCUCUGAAGAUAAAAAGCACUCUGUGCUGUGGUGUGUUGAAAUACAUUUAAUUGAUCUACUAAACCAACUACUGAACCAACUAAUUUAUUGUAUACUUUAGGCUUGAUGAAUAACUUUGUCUUGCUUACAUGUUGUUCUUAUCUGAAAUGAAAAUGUUUUCCUUUUAUUUGACCGACUCAACAGCACCACCAAGAGAUAUUCUCCAUGUCUACAUUAUUCUCCUCCUGUAAAAUAAUUGUUGUGAUUGUGCCAGCUGAGAUAGGAACUUACUCCUACUUACUACUUAUAUACAGCCAGGCCUAUCUAUAUUUAUAUCUUCAUUCAUUUUUAUUUAUUGUAUUAGGGAUUCAUUGGGGAAGAAAUCAAUUCCAUUGACAUUAGCCUACUUUAGUGGUACAAGUACAGUUACACAAAUAAUUAGCGACAACCACUAGCGAUAUACUUUUCUCUGCUGACUCUGGGUGGGUAAUACGAUUCAGUUUCUGCAGAUGCAGAGGUUUGAUUUUUUUUCAAAACCGUCUUGGACAUGCCAUCAAUGUCUAGACAAGUACACCAACAUAUGUCAGCAAGACGAGAGGACAAACGAGCCAAAUAGAGCAAAAAUGUCGUGUGGGUUUUAAGUUCAACGGAAUUUUUGCCCGUCAGCUGUCCAAAAUUAAAAGAUAAGUUCUCGUACAACUGCGCGUGUCUUUUCCUUGUAGUGCCCCUAUUCGCCACGCCCCCGUUUGGAUCUCCUCCUUGCCUUUCUGUACAAAUCACUUAGAUUGGACAUUAGUUAGUUUUUUCCUUCUUCUGGUGAUAUGUUCAGUUUCGUUUGCUUAGAUGGACAUUCAUUGCGAUCGAGGAGAUACUGAAAAGCUGCGUAGGCUAUGAGGCCAGCAUCAACUUGUUGCGUAUGUGUAAUUUCCCUCUCAUGCGACAGCGGUUGGCUCGCAUUACGAGUAUGUGACACUAGACGUAGCUUUUAGUUACAGUAGCAUAUUCGCCUUACUUUUCUACAUGGCAUGGGACAACUGUAUUGAUAAUUGAAUAUCUUAAAAGGCUAUGCAGUUCAGUAAUAUAGGCGAUGCAAGCUUUAAAUCUGGCGUGCAAUCUUGUUGGUUAUUUGGUGGGAUAGAAUAAGCAACAGGUGAAUGAAUAUACGACUUCAAUAGCCUACUCUGGUAUAAGUGUUCGCUUGGUAGUAGACUUUGAUGUAAAAUUUUCGAACAUGAGCUCAGGGAACAGGAAUGUCUGCCAUGGUCCACGCCAGUUCCUACAGAUGUCACUGGUGCCUUCUUAAAAUAAUGUACGGGCUCCUGCUGUUGUGGGCCGAACACAUGGACGCACUGUCAGACUUCUCAAAAUACUUGACAAAAAUCAUCUCUAGCCACUCUGCGUAUGGCUGCGAUGGAGAGGCAUUGCGACUUCAGUGCCCACGACACUCAACAGUUUCGGUUCUCUCCGCGCACUAUGGACUGACAGACCCACGAUUCUGCCCGAGUUCCUUUCAAACUACUUUACUGGGCAAACAUAGGAACAGCUCCUGCUCAGCUUCAACUGCCUUACAGAAGCUACUCUCAGAAUGCCAAGGCCAUAGAGACUGUCAUCUCCUGGUUAAUCAUCAUGUAUUUGGGCGUGAUCCUUGUCCUGGGAACUCUAAGUAUCUUCAUGUUACCUACAAGUGCAAACCUACAGAGCACAAGAGAAAGGUGGGAUGUGAGGGAGAGACUAUCACGCUCCACUGUAAGCACCCACGGGUGCUGAUCAUCUAUUCAGCGGUCUAUGGCAGAGAGAAGGAAGACAAGGAUGCGUGCAGCUCACACUACGACCUUCCGCCAUUUGACUGUCUAUACUUUGGGGCCGCCCACACAGUGUCAAAGAAAUGCUAUGGCAAGCAGAGGUGCUCAAUCGCUAUCAAUGACCAAACUUUCAGAGACCCAUGUCCCCCAAGGACAACAAAAUAUCUCACAAUACUCUACUCAUGCGUGCCCCAAGUGUUAAUGAAGGAGGUGGAACCAAAUAUUUUCAACCCAACCUUGGUGCCACAGCAUACCAAUGACAGGGGGGUGAUUCCCAAUGUCAGGGGCUCUAAGCUGCCAGAAGGCCAUGGGAUCAUAGUGAGCACUUCACUGGUGAUAUAUGGUUACAUAAAAGAGCAUCAGGACAAGGCGGCCCUGCUCUUCAUCUCCAGUGUCUGUGUGGGUCUGCUCGUUCUGCUCCUGGCCGUGUCCCUCAGGCUCUCCUGUCACAGCAAGCACGCCUGGGGGAGGGCACACCUGAACAAGAGACUGCUUAGCAGGACAGAGGAGACGAGUGAGGAAGAGGAGGAAAGUGACGAUAAUCAGGAUUAUAGUGAUGGUGGGUCAGUGACUUUGAUGGACAGUUCUUUGCUGUCGGAAGGCAACAGGAAGCCAGUGGAUUGCUGGGAGGAAGUGACAUAUACCACCGAGGCUUCCGAGCUCAUGGAGAGGAUUGAGCGUCGGGACCUCGUGAUUCAGGAGAUCAGGAUGAAUUCGUACAUGAAUGGCACCUCAUGUGGACACCUCUGAUCUGCUCAAGAUGACAUAAAACACCUGAGCAGGUUAAAUUCAAUUGCAGAGCUUUGUUUCUAAAACGAAUGUACACCAGUCCAACUUAUUCAAUAGACAACCUAUAAUGGCAUAGGUAUCACUAUCAAGAUCAAAAUGAAAUGUUUUCAUGUCCAUUUGUUAUGCUAAAAUAAUAAAAUGAAAUCUCCUCGUUA